AUGACCAAUGACCAACAGCUUCGACAACUCGGAAUUUAUGUUCGUCAGAAAUUUCUAGUAAAUCAAGAAGUUUCUGCAAUACUCGAUCAAGCAAGAACAAAAUCACUUGAGCAUUCUCAUGUCAUUGCUAGCCAUGAAAAUAUGCUCAAAUUUGUUCAACUUAUGCUUCAUAUUCAUCAAUUUAAUGAUGCACUACAAAUAUUAUUUGAACGCUGGACAGACUUAGUGGAUGAAGAUACAAUUACUUCUAGACAGACUCUAUCAGUCGUUCAAAGUUUUGUGAAUCCUGUGGAAAGAUUAUCAAAAGGAUCGAACAUUGAUCAAAAUCUUUUAGAAUCGAUUGAAAAUAGACUUAAUGAUUCACCUUCCACCGAUACAAGUGAGUUAGCGAACUUGUAUAACUCAGCGGCUUGCUUAACAAACGAUCUUGAUAAAGAAUUAGACUAUUGUUUGCGUCAUUUCAAACUGCUUGAAGAGGCAGGCCAUAUGACAGCUACGACAUUUAUUCAGCACUAUCUGCAAAUCGGUGACAUUUUUUUUGAACAAGUUCGUUUGGAUGAUGCCUUAAUUAAUUAUCAAAUCGCACUGAAAAAAGCACUCGAGUCUGAACCAACAACAAAUCCUCUGCUCGGUAAUUGCUAUUAUAGAAUUGGUUUUACUUAUCUAAAAUUAGAAGACUUUGAAAGAGCAUUACAGUAUCAUAAAAAUGCUAUAGCUAUUUAUUCCAGAUCACUUCCACCAACACAUCUAAGUUUUCAUAAAGUAUAUUUGGCAUAUGGAGUUUGUCUGAUGAAUCUCAAUCGUUACGAGGAAGCAAUGGAAUAUUUUCAAAAAGCCAUUGAAGUGCAUCGAGCUUAUCCUGGUCAUGAGUGUGUAGUCGAAGCAGAGCAACAAUUUGCUGAAAUAUACUGUAAUCCACAAAAAAAUGGAAUUGAUCGUAAGAAAAUGGAUGACUUGAUUGCAAAACUAGAUAAAUUAGGAGAAGAGUGA